AUGCAGGAAAAUCCGGUCCUGGCUCGUCUGCCCGGACGCACAGACAGAGGCAAGGAUUUCGACGAACCGGGGCGAGAUGAAUCAAUCGGAUUGACGAGAGGUGAGGUGUGUCUCAGCCUUCACCAGGCCAAAACACAUGCCCCAUCGACAAUACCAUACAGGCGAGGCCUGGAAACCGCGGAUAAACGGGUGGACAAGUCGGAUCAGCUCUCGUUAUCCAUUCACUUGGCUGCGAUUAGAUUCACACACACACUUUCCCUCUCUCUCUCUCUUUCUUCGAUGAACACUUACUGGCGCUGGGGCGUACGUACCAUGUCAAUGUGGCACAAGGUACAAGCACGCCGAGUGGAGGGGAGUGGAGGGGAGUGGAGGGGAGUGAAGGGAAGGGAAAGCCCGUGUCGACAUGCGCCGCGAGAAGAUCCAAUCGUCAAGACAAGACAUUCCACAUCCACUCAGUACGGCAGUAGUUGGGCCAAUGUAUCAUCGACAGCCAAACCGGGCGUCGAACCACCUCGUGACGCGGUACCGCCUCCUCGAAACGAGGUACAGGCGGGCAGCAACACCCUCCUGACGGGUGGAAUGAGGCAGAAGUGA